CGAACCAGAAUUUGUACUGUAUCCAGCGAAAAUUACCGCUGUGCCAGUAGAAGGAGGAUCAUAACAACCAAUCACUAAAUCGACGUUGAAAAAAAAAAGUCAUUAUUCGCAUUAUGAAAUCAUCCACUUAGGGAAAUACACGUACCGAAGUUGAGAAAAAAUAAUGCCAAAAAUCCCAGCGCCAUCGUCAAUUACCACGCGACUCUGCAUCACCAAACCCAUCUCGGCGACCUGGAGCUAUCGCCAACGAGUCAUCCCAACCAGCACCAUCACCACUCAUAUCACUGCUGCUGCUGCUGCUGCUACCAUUACCAAAAAUAGCAUCACCAAAACAAUAGUCCCCGUCAGGAUGGCAUCCAACUCUUCCUCGCAGACCGCGCCCAAGACCCAAUUUGGACCCUACGAGGUGACGACGCAGGUGUUCCACCGCACCGCCCACUCCUUCGCCCUGGUCAACAUCAAGCCCCUGCUCCCGGGCCACGUCCUGGUGUGCCCGCUGGUCCCGCACCGGCGCCUGACGGACCUGACGACCGCCGAGCUGACGGACCUGUUUAGCGCGGUGCGGCGCAUCCAGCACAUGCUCGCGCGCAGGUUCUUUUCGCCAUCGUCGUCCUCGUCUGGUGCCGCUAGUGCUGAUGCAGCUGCUAGUAUCGUACAGGGCGGGUCCUUCAACAUUGCGGUCCAGGACGGUCCCGAGGCGGGCCAGACCGUGCCGCACGUCCACGUCCACGUCAUCCCGCGACCAAAAGGUGGCGAGGCCGCGGCCCGGGCCGGCGAGCCCGACGAGCUCUACGUCGGCAUGGCCAACGAGGAUGGCAACGUCGGCGGUGCCCUGUGGGAUCUCCACUCGCGGGAGGCGGGGAGGCCGCUGCCCGGUGGUGGGUUCCCCAAGAUCGAGGAUGCCGAUCGUGUCGCGAGGUCAAUGGCCGAUAUGGAGACCGAGGCUGCCGAGUUCAGGGAGCUGUUGAGGGUCAUGGAGGAUGAGGAGAAGCAUCGGCAAGGCUAGUCCGGCGUCAUGCAGGCGAAGAACGUGGGUCAUCCUGUUGUGUUUUCUUGCCGGGAUACAGUUGGAAUUCAAUGGUCCUCCAUGACAGCAGUGACAUGUCAAAAUAAAGAUAAAGUGUUAAUAUAGAUACUGGCCUAAAUAGAGUCACACUCAGAAGCGCUAUAAAUCAGAACCAUCCAUACCCAAGUUUUCCUGAC